AUGCAGAGUCCAGAAGUGGACAUUGACGAAUCUCAGAUCCCCGGCACGGUUCUGCUCGUUGACGUGGAGCACACCGCCGACGCUCUGCAUUCCCAGAGCAAAGACAACAUCAUCCUUAUUCCAACACCGUCGAAUGAUAUAAACGACCCUCUCAAUUGGUCGACAUGGCGAAAACGCAAGCAUCUCAUUUGCCUGAUAGCCUUCACGCUGUUUAAUGGCAUGACAUUAUCUGUCGUGUAUUCACUUCUUGUGCCUCUAUCAACAGCUUUAGAAGUCAGCGUGAGCGACCUCAAUGAAGGAACGGGUUACAUGUUCUUGCUAUGUGGCUGGGGCCUGCUUUUCUGGCAGCCCUUUGCUUUACAGUACGGAAAACGGUUGACAUAUCUACUCUCUAUGCUUGGUUGUAUAGCCGUCUCCGUCUGGAGCCCCUAUGCCAAAGGCCAAGGCCAAUGGAUCGCUCGAAACAUCGUCACAGGCUUUGUUUCCGCACCAAUCGAAGCUCUACCCGAAACGUCCAUCACAGACAUCUAUUUUGCCCACGAGCGAGGAACGUACAUGGGAUGGUAUGCGUGGAUUUUGGCCACGUCCAACUAUUUUGCGCCUGUCAUCUGCGGCUUCAUCAGUGACAGCAUGGGCUUUAAAUGGCCAUUUUACUUUAUGGCAAUUUUCGACGCCGCUUGUUUCAUCUUUCUCUUCUUCUUUCUGGAAGAGACAAACUACGAGCGCCAAACGGUAGGAGUCAUCUAUGCGGAAGACUCCCAAGAGGGCGUGGGUGAAAAGACGUCGCCAUCGGCUGCUGCGGCGGCCAGUAACAAGGACGAAGAGGCGACUUCUUCCUGGGCCAAUAAUGAUGGUGGUAGCAGCGGAAAUAUCGUCCUCCAGGGUGUCGAGAAAACUUAUUGGCAGAAGCUUUCGCUGCUUGACAAGUCGCGGCCAUUCACGAUGCACAAACGAGCAUGGCAGAUUCUCCGGUUGAUCGCCUGGCCAGUCGUCUUCUAUUCUGGCUUUUCAUACGGCACGUACCUCAUCUGGUUCAAUAUUCUGAAUGCGACUUCGUCCAUCGUACUUGGUGGUGCCCCGUACAACUUUCAGCCUAGCAUCGUCGGCUUGAGCUAUCUUGCCUGCAUAGUGGGCGUCAUUAUUGGAUCUGCAUACAGCGGAAUCAUCUCGGACUGGUUCGUCAUCAAGCUGGCGCGACGCAAUCGUGGAAUAUUCGAACCGGAGCAGCGUCUUUGGCUGUUCGCAUUGACCACGAUCUUGGUGCCGGCCUGCCAGAUCCUCUGGGGCGUGGGUGCUGCCCAUCACGUCCACUGGUUUGGACUCAUUGUCGCAAUGUGUUUUCUCGCAGCUUGCAACACAGCCGGAAUCACACUAUCAAUCGCAUACCUCGUUGAUUCGUAUCGAGAAAUAUCGGGAGACGGCCUAGCAUCAUGCAUUAUUAUUCGCAACACGAUGAGCUUUGCCAUUGGUUACGGCAUCACACCGUGGUUGGACGGCUUGGGGCUGCAAAACUGCUUCAUCAGCGUCGCGUUUGUUGCAUUGGCCAUCUGCGCAAUCUUUUUGCCCAUGAUCUUUUAUGGUAAAAGGCUUCGAGGUCUGAAGCGAGAGAGCUAUUGGAAAGAAGUGAAGCUUAGGCAGGAAUAG